AUGUUUGAUGUCUGCUCCCAUAAAUAUACAAGUGUAGAUCCUGAAACUCCCAGCACCCCCUCCCCCACUUUGCUCCACCUCUCCUCCACCUCUCACCCACAGAUACUCAGCAGCAGCACUGUUCACACUCCAGCGAUUCGACCGCCUGUGAUCGUCUCGCCGAAGAAUGGAACUGUUUUUGAAAGUCUGCACGGUUCAGGACUGGAGCUGUUCUGUAAGGUGCUCACUGGCUGUCAAACAGCAGAGUCCACUGUGGUCACAUGGCUCGUCAACGGCCAAUCAGUGGAGUCCUCGUACCUUGAUGGACGGGCUCUGCAGGGCGGAAGGAGGGUAACCAGGGAGUCUGAAGUGUGCCAGGUUGAGUUGAGGCUUCUUGUCGUAGCGGUGACGGACGAAGACGUGAACACGGAGCUGAAAUGUGUCGCUCAGAACGAAGGAGGGAGACAGGAAGUGGUCACACUGCUUCAACUAGAGGACUCCUCGUUCACCUGGCUGGUCGUCGCCGUGGUAGCCGCGUCCUGCUUCCUGACCGUGGUUUCCAUCUUCCUUUACGUCCUCUUCAAACCUAAAAGGACAAAGAAGAUGGAUUACUUCCUGGCUCGGCAGAACAGCACCUUUUAGCACGCGCUACCUCCACAAUCUCAAAAAGACCCUCUUUGAUGAGUUCGCUGUUACAUUACAUCGCAUGCAUUGUGUGCAUGUGAUGUCGUGCAGUGACACCUGUUGGUGAUCUACACUCCUUCUGCAGGGACAUUAUAUUUUAAACCAGUGGCUGCACUUCAUUUUAUACAUAACAUAUACAUAUAUACAUAACCAUAAAACUGAUGCUACUCAAAAUCACAGCAGAACUUCUAAUAUAGUGUUAAAGAGGCCUUAUUAUGCAUUUUACGCCUCAGACUCAUUUGUCUGCUACUGAACAGACUCCAACACAUUGUACGUGAUAGGCUAAGGGGCGGGACAUCUCUAAGCAGUUGACCAAUCACAACAGAGCCGG